AUGUACCACAUCUCAUAUAGCCACUGCUUACGCUAUCUGCCUCGUUUUCAUUCGUCCUCCAGGCGCUUGCUCCCCCAGGAACACCCUGCUACCCACUCACAUCAGUCACGAUCCUUACCGCCCUGUCCAGCCCUUGUCGUAACCACCUCUCCCGUGAAACUCCACCGUGCGCCGACAGCAGGGCUGGUCCACACGCCAUCCCACUUGCAUCCCUCACCGGACUUGGCAUACUGACAUGCUCAUAAAAUAAACCAUUCUCCCCAUGCCCCGUAUCUUUGCCCGCUCCCACGAAAUCUUCCAGUCUUUAGAACAUUCUGUCACGGAUUCAGGAAUGGCUCCGUUUGCACCGGACGGCGGGGAAUUUGGCUCCCACUUCGACUUCGAUAAACUUCUCUGGCCAAUUAUAACGACACCGGCCUCAGAUUCAUUCGUCAGCCAUCACCUUGCUCUACCGGCAGGCACUCGAGAUUCGGCAUUCCAGAAGAGAUAGACCCCAGGAUAGACCCGGUGCCUAUGCUUGAUUGUGACGUAUACCACUUGACAACUUGCUUGAGAGAAAUGACAAGAAUAUGAACAUCUACGUC